GCCCUGGCCGCCUCGUAGCUCGUCUCCCCCUCCAAGUUCUGCCCCAGGUCCAGGUCCCUGAAGUUGACGUACGCCGCCCGGGGCCUGGCGCUCGCGUACGGCGUCAUGAACCGGUGCACGCCACGCACCCACGCCAGGUGCGCGUCCUCGUACGACACGUUGGCGUCGCCGCCCCACUUGACGAAGUACUGCACGUUGUACAGGUACCCUCGCCGGUGCGCGUACGGCGUGUCCGACUCCGGCGUCUCGCUCAUCGCCCCGCCCUGCGGGUCCACGUCGACGGACCCGCCCCUGUCCUCCACGACCCUGGCGAGGAGCCCGCCCAGCCCGGCCGCGGGGAUCGGGGACGUCAGGUGGGCGCUCAUCUCGGCGACCAUCCCGCUGCAGUUCCCGAGGAACAGUGACUUGAAGGUCACCGAUGGAUGCCUCUCGCCGGCGUCGUCGACCUCCGGCUCCAUGGCCACCUUCACGAACAGGUCCUCGGGAAGCGCGUGCGCCACGCGCUGCCAUUUUGUCAGGAGGCGGACAGCCGCCUGGGUCUGCCGCUGGUCCCCGCGGCGCACGAGGCGGCGCACGGUGAAGGCGGAAACGACGGGCGGCACGGGAACCAGCCGCACCGUCCAGGAGACCACGACGCCGAAGCUCCCGCCGCCGCCGCCGCGGAUCGCCCAGAAGAGGCCCUCGCCCAUGGCGGCGCGGUCCAGGAGCCUCCCCUCGGCGUCCACCACCUCGGCGUCGACCACGUUGUCCGCGCCGAGGCCGUGCUUGCGCAUCAUGGGCCCGAACCCGCCGCCGCUGAGGUGGCCGCCGACGCAGACCGUGGGGCAGAUCCCCGCGGGGAACCCGAGCGCCCCGCCGCUCUCGCGCGUCACGGCGUAGUAGAGCUCCCCGAGCGUGGCGCCCGGGCCGGCCCGCGCCACGCGGCGCCCGGCGUCCACGCGGACGUCGCGGAGCGCGGCGACGUCGACCACGGCGAAGGGCCGGGCGCCCGCCACGGAUCGGUAGGAGAGGCCCUCGUAGUCGUGGCCGCCGCUGCGGGCCCGGACCGUGAGGCCGUGGCGCCUGCAGCAGGUGACGCAGGCCCGCGCCUCGGCGACGGUCGCCGGGGUCAGCAGCAGCGCCGGGCGCGGCGUCCGCGGGGACGCGAAGCGGAGGUUCUGGAUCGUGGCGUUCAGAAGGGAAGGGUACGAAGCGGCCGACGGGGCGUGGACGAGCCUGGACGUGUCGGUGGUGGCCGGCGAGAGGCGCGCGACGCAGCGGACGAAGCUCCCGUGGAGGGCGCCGCCGCCGCCUUGCUCCUGCGGGGAACAAGUCUGGGCGAGGAGCAGCAGGAAGAGGAAAGGGAGGUGCCAGGAUCUUGGUCGCACAGCCGCCUUCGUCUUGCUCAUCAUCUCUUGCACUUACACGGUUACACCUACUCUCUUGCCUUGCCUCGGGUGUGCUUUUGUGGAUUAGUUAGUAACUUGAGACGCUGAUGGCCUUUGAAAAAUAUGAAAACAGAGUGAUAAAAUAAUAUACUGGACACUAAUUUUACAAAAAUUCACUGGAACCCAGGCAUAAGAUAAUUCGCGGCAGCAGCAGGUGGGAAAGAGAGCGGUCGCCGUUGCACCGUCGUUUUCAGGUGCCGCCAGCUUUCAACGUUAGCUCACCGUCACUGGUGGCGUUUCCUGUAUGCGUAGGGAAGGGGUAUCGAGGUGAGUGGCAUUGUUGAGAUGAAGACGAUGGCAGCUGACGGGCGCUCUGCAGCCAUGUAUGAUAUGUAUUGGCAUGUUCUAGGCCAGAAAGGGGCAAUCAAAGAUACUUGAUGUAUGUGUUGUAUGUGUUUUAUAUAUGUAUGUGUCUAGAUUUAUUAUCGAUCAUUUAAAUAGACA